AUGCAGUGUGUUGCUCCUUCAUCGAGUAUUGGGUUCAAGUCAUUACACACGGUUUCCCACCGAAUCGUUCAACCAACUCAGCUCACCGUUCAAUGUGUUGCAAGCCGGUACGAUGCCGGGUCAGCCAACGCUACUAAUCUUCCCCUGUCAGCAGCAGCGCCGACCACCACCAACAACUUCGCAUAUGGAGGGGUUGUUAAGAGCAGAACCGAUUGGCAGAGCUCGUGUGCGAUUUUGGCUAGCAAGGUGGUGUCGCAGCAGCAGAACACCGAGAAAUCCAACGGUGUUGAUAAUAUAACUGUUGUCAGCGGACAUACUAGUUUAGAUCUAGUUCCGAUUGAUAAGUUACCGAAGCCGCUCACCAUCGCCGAUCUAUCACCGGCGCCGUUGCACGGUUCGACGCUGCGCGUUGCCUAUCAAGGUGUAGCUGGUGCGUAUAGUGAAGCUGCCGCCGAUCGCGCUGUUUUGCCGGUUGAAAACUCUCUAGGCGGGAGCAUACAUCGGAAUUACGAUCUACUUUUGCGCCAUCGUCUCCACAUCGUCGGAGAAGUCCAGCUCCCUGUUCACCACUGCCUUCUAGCUUUACCAGGCGUCCGGAAAGAAUACCUCAACCGCGUGAUUAGCCAUCCGCAAGCUCUUUCUCAGUGCGAGCUAACUCUCACCAAACUCGGCUUAACCGUCACUCGCGAGGCUGUCGACGAUACUGCAGGAGCAGCAGAAUUCGUGGCGGCAAACAACCUCCGUGACACAGCGGCAAUCGCAUCUGCACGCGCCGCCGAGCUGUACGGCCUUAAUAUCCUGGCCGAUGGGAUCCAGGACGAUUCAAGCAACGUCACACGAUUCGUCAUGCUUGCUCGUGAGCCAAUCAUACCACGAAUCGACAUCCCGUUCAAGACAAGCAUUGUAUUCGCUCACGACAAAGGAACGUCGGUGUUGUUCAAAGUUCUAUCGGCGUUCGCAUUCCGGAAUAUCAACUUAACCAAAAUCGAAAGCCGUCCACAUCGCAACCGUCCGAUCAGGCUCGUCGGCGACGAGAACGUAGGAACGGCGAAACACUUCGAGUACUUGUUCUACGUGGAUUUUGAAGCUUCAAUGGCGGACGUUAGGGCACAGAAUGCAUUGGCCGAGGUUCAGGAAUUUACAUCAUUCCUCAGGGUGUUGGGUAGCUAUCCCAUGGACAUGACCCCUUGGUCCCCUUCUUCUCAAUGA